CAAAAAGGAAAAGAAAAGAAAAGAAAAGAAAGGCCUCGCUCGCGCCCACCCUUUCCUCUUGUCCGAACCUCUCAGCUAAGAAGGAGGAGAAGAAAGCGAGGAGGGGCGAGCGAUGGAGAAGAACGAGCAAGCGCCGGAAAGGGACCUCUACGCCCUGCUCCACGUCUCCCCUGACGCGUCCGACGAGGAGAUCCGCAAGGCCUACCGCCAAUGGGCCCAAAUCUACCACCCCGACAAGUACCAAGCCCCUCAGAUGAAGGAUAUUGCCACAGAAAAUUUUCAAAGGAUCCGUGAUGCAUAUGAGAUCUUAAGUGAUGAGAAUAAAAGACAAAUAUAUGAUAUCUACGGCAUGGAAGGGCUGAACUCAGGCUUGGAGCUUGGUCCGAGGUUGAAGAAGACGGAGGAAAUUAAGGAAGAAUUGGAAAGGUUAAAACGUCGCAAAGAAGAAGAGAGGGUCUUUGCCCAUGCUCGACCAACUGGUUCAAUUGUCGCCAAUUUUUCUUUGCCACGAUAUCUAAGUGGUCGUGGCAUCAUGAAAGGAAUGGCAAUGGUUAGUGAGGUUCAAUCACAGGUAUCCAAGCAUAACACCGUUGUCAUUGCUGGGAACUUGGGAGUCACUGAUAAUGCUGGAGCUGGUGCUGCAACAGCUUUGCUGCGGCACCAGGUGUCCCCAGUUGCUUCAAUAGAGUUCAUGGCAACAGCUGGUCUACGGUCUCUUAUUACAAUACAAACAUCUCGUCACAUUUCACUUCACUCAACAGCGACUGCUGGGUUAACAAUUUCUUUGAGAGAUGGAUCAGUCAAUCUUUCAAACACCUGGACACGUCAUCUAUCAGAAGCAACUGUUGGAAACAUACAACUUGUUUUAGGAACAGAAUCAAGUAUUGCUGUUGGGUGGCAAAAGCGAGAUGAAAAAACUUCUGCUGCUGGAGAAGUAAAGUUUGGAACAAGUUUUUUUGGCACAUCAGGCCAUUAUACUCAUCAUUUUUCUUCCAAGUCUCAUGGCAGAGUUGCUUGUAGGAUUGGAAGCACUGCUCUUGAGUUUGAAAUUGGGGGUGGAAGACGAAUAUCUAAUUUUAGUACCAUACGGAUGCUCUACAACAUAGGAAUUCAGGGAAUCUCUUGGAGGUUUGAGUUACAUCGUGGGGGCCAAAAGCUAAUAAUUCCAGUCUUGCUUUCCAGACAGCUGAACUCAUUAGUUGCAACCAGCGCACUGAUAAUACCUUCGUCACUUUAUUUUCUUCUGAAGACAUAUAUUGUGAAACCUUACUAUCUUAGACGGGAGCGACAAAAGGCACUUCAGAAUAUGGAGAAGUCGUCAGUUCAGGUUCGGGAAACAAGGGAGGCAGCUAAAAAGGCACAGAGGCUACUAGAAAAUGUAUCCAACAGGAAGAAAAAUAAACAAAUAGCAAAGGAUGGAUUGGUUAUUACAAGAGCCAUAUAUGGAAACCUUAAAGCUAUUAGAGUAGCCAAUGAGCAUGGUGAGGUGAAUGAUGAUGUGGCUUCACAAGUCCUAGAUGUAACAUUACCAUUGAACUUUUUGGUGACUGAGGCUGGACAGCUUAAGCUCCAUGAGGGCAUAAAGAAGUCAGGCAUAAUGGGUUUCUGUGAUCCCUGCCCUGACCAGCCUAAGCAGUUACUAGUGGAGUACACAUUCGGUGGCCACAGAUGCCAGGUGGUGGUUGACGACUUUGAUGAGUUGCUAAUCCCGCAAGCGAUGCAUCAAUUUUAAAUACUGUUGAUUAAGAAGUAAAAGAGGUGCUGCAAACAAUUUUGCAUGCUUUGUCAUGCUCUGAGGUGCUGUGCUUUGCGAAAUUUUAUUUCAUGAAUACCGUGCCAUUUUUGUAUGUCAAAAAAUUGUCACUUUAUUGUUGUCGAUGCUCAUAAUGAAGCAAAACAGGGCAUCCUUUUUGUACAAUAGUUGAUGGACAUCCUUUGUGUAUUGCAAGAUCAAAUGAUAAUUCACAAACUUGUGUCACGCAUAUGGUUUAGCUCAAGCUAGUCUAUCCUUUUUGUA